GAACUAUGGUACUCCAUGCAACACUCCUUUACCAAGCCAAGAGAUAAUAGACUCCGUGAAACAUCCGCUUGAACAUUGUUUUUGUCUCUUUCAAAAGCAACCAUGAUAGUAUUCCUUCUUCUACUCGGAGCUGCGUCGGUAUAUGGGCAAGGUCAUGGUCACGGUCACGGUCACGUACACUCCUGUAUCCAUAACAACCACCAGCAGAUGACGGCAAACCAGGUGAUCGCCAGCGUCAUCGUCGACAUGGAGAAAGAUGGCGACGGCGCUGUGACACAGGCUGAAGUCAUGGCUGAAUUCGUCACCAAAUACGACCAUGACGGUAACGGCGAGAUUUCCGAAGAUGAGUUUGUAAAGCAAUGGCAUCACCACUACCACGACGAACACGACUUCGCCAGCUACCUCUUCCACCACUUCGACAUAAACGACGACUUGAAACUGACCGACGGUGACAUCGCCGCUCUGGAGUUGUCCCUUGAUAUUGAUGGUGAUGGUAACGUCUCAGUCUCAGAGUUCCAGGCCUAUUUGACCAACCUCUACACAAACUGUGUGACACAUCAUGGGCGGUAGAACCGCAAUUUAAUAAAAAACACUUCCUGUCA